UGGAACAGUACUGUGUGACUGUUGAUGCACUGUAGUGAGAUACUAUUCUUUAACUUUAUACGACGGACUUUUCAUAAAAAAGCAGAAUAGGUUACUAUUUGUCAGCAGAGCUCGUGCGCACCCUAACUCCACCGUUUUGAAUAUUUUCCCCCACUUUACCAAGCCCUCUUUUACAGUAUGAAGUGCAAUUAUGGCAAGGAGUAGCAAGUCAGUAGCGAGGACCCUGGAGGAUUUGACGCUAGACUCGGGUUAUGGUGGAGCCGCCGACUCCUUCAGAUCUUCCAGUGCGUCGUUGUGCUGCUCAGAGGCACAUGGGGGGAAUCAUUGGCAUUUAACCGACUCGAUGCACAGUCGACACAACAGUCUGGACACUGUUAAUACGGUCCUGGUCGAAGACGCCGAGAUCCUGGAGAGCACCGGGCAGUGCGCUAAACUACCCGAGCUUGAGGAUGUGCCGUGGAGCCUCGGGGAAGUGGUGAGCGCACUGAGCAGAGACGAGGAGAUGAGCCUACCGACCCCCCCGCAGGACGUCCUGCUUAGGCUCUCGGUGCUGAUAAGCCGGGCCCUGGUCAGGGUCGCUAAGGAGGCGCAACGCCUGAGUUUGCGCUACGCCAAAUGCACCAAACAUGAGAUCCAAAGUGCCAUAAAGAUCGUCCUGUCGUGGACCGUCUCGACGAACUGCAUAAGCGCGGCCCUCAGUGCCUUGUCCCUGUACAACAUGAGCACGGAGGAGGACAAGUUUAGCCGCGGUAAGUCGGUGCGCUGCGGACUCAUCUUCAACGUGGGGAAGUUCUUCAGGUGGAUGGUCGACAGCAGGGUUGCGGUGAGGAUCCACGAGCACGCCGCGAUCUACUUAGCUGCGUGCAUGGAGAGCCUCUUCCGCGAUGUGUACGCGCGGGUGCUGCGCAGUGCGCUGCUGGAGCGGGAUAACGGGAUCCCCAAGUUCACCGUGGAGAUCCUGGAGCAGGCCGUCAACAGUGAUGCAGAGAUAUGGGGGUCUUUGCUGCCUUGGCAACACCUGAUCUGUGGGAAGAAUGCAAGCGGUGAGUUAAUGAUACUCUAAGUCUAUGCCACAGGGUUUUCUUCCACUUCAUAUCCUUACCACACAUCAUAUGCGUAAUUUGUCACUUGUAGAGUUCCCCUUGCAAACCACAGUAGAUAUUUACAUCAGCAUAUCAAAGUAAAGCCUUCUUCAUUGGAUCUACUCCAACAGAUCACAUAUUAAUGUAAUAAGGGAGGUGGCACUGAUCCAUGAACCUGCACCAUGAACAUAAGUAGCCUAUUACAUGUCUGAGGAUUUAUAUAAAGACCUCUCCCAGAUUCACUUGCUGCCAGAUGAGAUGUCUGAUAUGAAAAGGUUACAAUCUCUCAAUAUCUCUAUUUGAUUUGAGGAACUGUGAACUUUAAGUGAAAGAGCGUUUUUUUUCUGCAGCUGAAACAGUGCUUCCUAUUCUCAGAGUGCAAGAGAGCUGCAGAAGCUGCAGGGAGGUGAUGAGUGACUGAGAUCAGAAUGGGAGAGUGGGUCCUCUUGAGGCCAGCUUGCCUGCUCCGUCUCAUACUGUAUGCUAUACUGUAUGUGGUUGAUUUGUUAAUGUACGAAAUGAUGAAGCAGGGCUUGAUAUCCCCAGGCUUUGAGAGCUUUCAGUGAAAGGGGCUCUCCCUGUUGGUUUCAUACAAUGAUGCCCUGCAGAGGUGGAUUUUAUUCUUUUCACCCAAAGAGGGAGGUCUUUCAUUCCUG